AUGUUCAUCUGCCCUCUCUCUCUCCAUCCAUCUAUCUAUCUAUCUAUCUAUCUAUCUAUCUAUCUAUCUAUCUAUCUAUCUAUCUCUUGCUAUAUCUUUUUCUCGCUUUCUUCCUCUUUUUUCUCUAUAUAUCACUCUCUUCUCUUUCUUUCUAUAUCUCUUUUUUCUCCGUUUUACACCCUCUCUCUCAUUAUCUUUUCAGGGCUCUCCCUUUCAUUUCUCAUCUUCUCUUUCUCUCCCUCUUUACCCUCUCCAUCUCUCUCCAUCUCUCUCUCUAUCUCUCUCUCUAUCUAUCUCUUGCUAUAUCUUUUUCUCUCUUUCUUCCUCUGUUUUCUCUCUAUAUAUCACUCUCUUCUCUUUCUUUCUAUAUCUCUUUUUCUCUCCGUUUUACUCCCUAUCUCUCAUUAUCUUUUUCAGGGCUCUCCCCUUUCAUUUCUCAUCUUCUCUUUCUCUCCCUCUUUACCUCUCCAUCUCUCUCUCUCUCUCUCUAUCUCUCUCUCUAUCUAUCUCUUGCUAUAUCUUUUUCUCUCUUUCUUCCUCUGUUUCUCUAUAUAUAUCACUCUCUUCUCUUUCUUUCUAUAUCUCUUUUUCUCUCCGUUUUACUCCCUAUCUCUCAUUAUUUGUCUCGCUCUUUUUCAGGGCUCUCCCUUUUCAUUUCUCAUCUUCUCUUUCUCUACCUAUUUACCUCUCCAUCUCUCUCUCACACUCUCUCUCUAUCUCUCUGAUUAUCUAUGUCCAUUUCUGUUUACCUCAUAUUCUCUUUCAUGCUCUCUGUUUCUAUCUGUGUUUUUUUUUUAUCAGUUUUUCUCCGUUUUUUUCUCUCAUUUUUAUUCAGCCUGCCUAGAUCUUUAUCCAUAUUCUUUUCUCUCUUUUUUUCUUUCAUUCCUCUCUCUAUCUCUCCAUGUAUUUUUUCCUUCUCUCUUAUUCUUACAUUCUCUCUAUUCUUCUCUAUUUACAUCUAUGUUUUCUCUCUCCCUGUUCCCACAUGUUAUCCCUCCCUCUCGCUAUCUGCUUUUCUCUUUUUCUUUUCUUUCUAUUCUACUCGCUCUCUUCAUACCUUCAUCUUUUUUCUCACUCUACAUUUUGCUGUUUAUUUAA